ACAUAAACUAUCGUACUUUCGGUUUUGAAAAUUGAAGAAGGAAGUUUAAAUAAUCUCCUUUGUCAACGUUAGUUUUAUUGUUUUUGUGUGAGAUGAAGCAUGUAUCGAGUGUUUAAAAGCUUAAAUUUAUAGAGGAGAAGAAAGCACAAAAUGAACACCAAGAGGGUAGCAAGCAACAUCGUCAAAAAGUUGAAAUCAAGGCCAGAUGGGAUAAACCCAAUCAUUGACAAACUCAAAGGUGAGUUUCACUUGGAUGCCAAUUACGAUGGUCAAGCUCUGACAAUUGGAGCACAGCAUACGGACAUACUGGAUUUAGCUGUGCUAUAUCUCCAGUACGCAACAAAGGAAAUACACAAAGAUGUUUCAGUUACGCUGGGAAAGGAUGGUUACGUUAUAUGGCAGUUUCGAGGGAAAACUGCACAUAUUGGAAGAUGCUUGUUUAGGAAAGAAAUUGAUGAAAUGGCGAAAGGUGAUGACGAAGUGCAAGCUGAAAUGUUCACUGAAGACAUAGAAAUUAAAUGUAUCCAUGACCAGUACAAAAGAGUUAAAGAAAAAGUCCAACGAGUUAUCAGCCAAAUCAAAGAUUGCAAAAAAAUAGUUGUAAAAGUGGGAAAAAGGGACGAAAGAUUAGCCAAAAAAUUUUGCAAUAACUGUCAAAAUGAUACUUUUUGCGCCCUAUACGAUGAAUCGAUAACAUUUUGGGGUCGAACAAAAAAACAAUGUAAUGAAGGGAAAGCAAUGUGGGAGAAGAACCCGAGUGGUUCAAAGAAUCAAACUGAAAAAGAAACAAAACCUCCAACAAGUCUACCGGGCGCGGGAGCAACACCAAGAGCAGAAACAUCCUCCCCAUUAAUUCCAUCAGCACCGCCCGAGGACGAGGUGGCCGAUGCUGGGAAAUCAGAGCACACUGAUCAAAAAGGCAAGAAAGAUAGUGUUAAUGGGAAAGAGGUAAAAGAUGAAAAUAAAACACCAGCAACAAUCCCACAAGGAGCAGAUGCUUCACAAGUUACUUCAAGAUUGCCUGGUAAAACAACGGGCUCAGGGGACAAAAGUCAAUAUACGUUCAAAGUAGGUAACCUCAGAGUCAUCGUGUACAAACUGUCGAUCACAGAGACCAAAGACAUCGACGGCAUAACAAAUGCUGCGAACGAGCGAAUGAUGCACGGAGGUGGUGUGGCGUACUACAUAUCGAAAGCAGCCGGGAAGAAGAUGGAUGAUGAAUGUAAGAAGUAUAUAGAUAAACACGGUCUGCUGAAGGUAACUGAGAACUAUGUAUCGGGUCCUGGAGAUAUUAAAUGCAAGGGGAUAAUCCACGCUGUCGGGCCUCGAUGGUGGGAUUACAAAGACCAUUACGACGAUUGUGCCAAAGACCUGCAUAUGACAAUAGUCAACAUUUUGGAGGCUACUAAGAAGAGGCAGUGGACUUCUGUUGCUUUGCCCGCAAUUAGUUCAGGCCUCUUUGGAGUCCCUAAGGAACUAUGUGCGGAGAUGUAUAUAACGGGAUUCGCUGCCUUUGCAAUGAGAGACACAGGAAGUGUUAAAGAUGUUCACUUUCUCGACCUUAAUGAGGACAUUCUUAACAUGGUGAAGGAGGCGCAUGCUAAAUGGGUGAACGAGCCUACUGCUCUUGACUUUAAGAAUGCGUGACGGAAGUGGCGGACCUUGCCGAAUUUUGGCAAUCUAUGGCGAAGAUAUUGCCGGCGUGUCUGUUGGAAACGCGAUGUCAUUUUCGAUUCUGCUGUCAACGUCUGCACUUGUUUUGAAUUUACUGUCAUAAAUAAUGACUCAUUUUCCCACAACGAUGAACAUGUAACGCAUAUUAUUCAAGAUAAAAUUAUUUUAGCAACCUUUAGUCAUAACAUAACUAUUAUCUUUAUUCAUAGCAUUGUAACUAUUAUGACUUUUUUACAUUUGUAAUGUAUCAAUAAAGG